UCCACCAUUCUGUCCAUUUGAUAAACUCUCCAUACUUUAGCUAUGGUAGUUCAGCUUUUCAAGAGUUAAACCAACGUAUUAAGAUGCAACUUUGUGCUUGAAUAAGGUCAUAUAUGCAGCACCUUUUAACACGGGCCCCUCACUGGCUGCCUGCCAAAUUAAGGCUCAAGAGUCUAGGAACAGAGACUGUUUAAGCUGAUAAUAGCCAUAUUCAAAACUUAGACCCAGAUGUCUUGAAAGUCCAAAUCAUACUUGUUAUUCAUUUUGGAACAGGCUGAGAGAAAGCAGAAUCAAAAUGAAGAAGUUACUUGUGUUUAUCUUCAUUUUGGUCAUCCUGACUAUUUUUACAGAUACUUCACCAAUUUUGACUGAAAAAGAAGCUAAACAGAUUCUGAGAACCCGUCGUGAAGAUAGACCAAGAAAAGCUGGUUUCCCUGAUGAGCCAAUGAGGGAACACAUGCUUUACCUCCAGCGCUUGGAGCAGAGAUCAGAAGAACAAUUCCUUGAGCAUUGGUUAAAUCCACACUGCUACCCACAUUGCAACAGGAAUUUAGUUCAUCCAGUCUAAAGGGUUUGUUUUUCCCCCAGUUAUUGAUCUCUCCAGGCGCGUUUAAGAGGAAACGGUCUAUGAUUAUGUUAAACAGGACGAGGUUCAUCAGCAUCUGCUAUGUACUAACUAUCGAGCUGAAUGUCUUUGGAAUAUUGAGCAAACUUAGCAUGUAGCAAGGCUUUCUUUUGUAAUCAUACAUAUUUAAAACAAUUUCAUUGACUCACGUAGAUCAUAAUUUUUCAACCCAUCGGUAAGCGAAUGGUUUAUAUGCAUGAAUCUAGGGCUUCUCCUAAGAUUUUAGGAAAGGGGCAGAAUAAGUCACCAACUUGUCUUAGAACAUGUUUAUUUGGGGCACUAUCUUAGUAUAUAUUGAAGCAGGAGGAGGCUUUAAGAGAAAGGAAUAAAUACGAAUGGAAAAUAAAAACAUGAUGAGGCUGCCACCCUUUGGGGUUUUGGAUUAUAGAAUUUCUGCAGCUUUAAUAAUAUUGUAGUG